AUGGUUUCCUUCAAUCUAUUACCCAGACAUCAAAAAAGCCAGCUCGAACAAGCUAUGGUAGGCAUCGCAUCCUGCGAAGAACAAAAGACGAUCGAGACAUCGUCAUCGAAGCCAGAGUUGUUGGCAAUGCUGCGUGGCCGACUAAGUCCGGAUGUUGUGCUGGUAUCCCGAUCUCAGGCACAGCUAUGUUCUGCAAGAAACGAAAGUCGGCGUGUCCAGGGUCAGACGGCUUGUGCUCAAGCGAGGACCGUGAACAUAGUGACAGCUGUCGCACGACGGGACAAGAAGUACCGGGGUUUCCACAACGCCUAUGGUGGAUCUGGGCCAGCAAUGCAUACUCCCGAGGCUUCGUUCCGUAGCGGUGUUGCUGCAUGGGGCGUGGCGCCAUGGAUCGUGGUUGGCCUUUCCCUUCAUCAUGUACUCGCGGACCAAAGUAAUGGUACUCAGGCUGAGAAUGCAAGCUUAAAGUCCCUGAGCAUUUCAGACGAGCUGUUUGGCAAUGCUUCGUCCGAGUUGCUUAGGAUGGUCAAACUGAUCGAGAUGAAGCGGCAGAUCAGAGGCCGCGGGGAUGUGAUUCAGCAGACAUCUGCUUCAGACCUCCAGAAUCAGCUUAUCUACGAGCAUUUGGCACUGAACCACGCCGUUGCUCUCUCUGCAGCCAAAAUGCAAUCUUCAAUGUUCCCUGGCAUGAGUUCUUCAGACGUGACAGUGAGCUCUGCGGCGGCAGACGACAGUCACAACGGAUGGAGGCAUCGACGGAUCGUCCACUGGGGCAUAAUUCGGCAUCUGAAGGUCUUUCAUCGUCGCAAAGCAGCGGCAGUUGGUUAUUUGAACUUGGAAGAGAAGGGCCAGCAAAGCAGAACCCAAGCCACACCGGGUGGGGACAGGCUUGCCAAGUUAGCCAUUGUUGUCCCGCCAGUAGACCUCGCUGUCGCCAACUCGCUGUCGCUAACUCGCUGUCGCCAACUCGCCGCCGCCCUCUCGCUCGUCCGCUCGGUCGAUUUAGUCGUCGCAAUAUCCCUCGAAACCCACCAAAUUCACGCCGCCGAGGGCCUCCUCACCGCCGCCCAAAUAGCCGCUCUACAGGCGGAGAUUGCUAGUGAUACAGUGCCUGUACCGGUCGACGAGACCUCGAUUGAUACCUAUAAUGCUGGAUUUAGCGGUAAAGCGCUCGGUGAUGAAGAAGGUGGUGAAGCGCUCGGUAAUGAAGAAGCGCUCGGUGGUGAAGCGCUCGGUGGUGAAGAGGGUGAUAAAGACGCGCCUAGUGAGACUAAUAGUGAGGAUGAUAGACCGCCGGCGCGCGGAAAGGGCAAAGAGUGGACUCCAUUUCAAUGGCGAGUCUGUAUUACUCAAGUACGACUCGGCCAAGGUCCACUAACGGAAGGGUACGUUGCCAGUAGUUAUUAUGCUGAGCAGGGUAUCAAACUGUCGCAAUUACGAAACUCAGCAAAUUCAGUAUUUGAUAGUAUAGCACUUCUACACGUUAACUUUGGCUUCAAAAUGCGACGACAAUAUAGUGCAUCGAUGGAAAUGAAUGCAGAAUCGGCUAGUGGUGCGGCGCAUCGCUCGGACAUUGCCGUAGGACAGCCGCUUCAGGGAUGUCUCGGCCAGGCCGACGAAUCGAUAUGUGCAAUUAAGUACGUAAUCAGAUUUGAACGACGCGGUACAAACUCCAUUUCGCAACAAUUUCCGAAACCACAAGUCAUCUGCUCCAGUUUCCCCGUCACUAUAACGCCUAGCCAGGACGAUGUGAUGAGCGGCAAGUUGCUGUCUCGAACUCAUCCUCAAGCUCUCCUCUCCCUCGCCUCCGACAGAAACCUAUCCCUCCCGCUAAGAUUCUCAAUGAUCAAGACUAAAACCUCCGACCUAUAUGACAAGUUCGACAGAAAAGCCGCCCACCUGUGUACUACGCAGUAUCUUGCGUUGAUUGGGGUGCUGAAGGGAACCCAAUAUGCCUACGUCUAUAACAUAGCAGGCAUUCCACACAUCAUUGGAGUAAGACGACUCGAUGUAAGAGGAAUCCGUCGCAUUGGUAAAGAUAAUGGUAAGCGUAAGAUGCGGGUAAGAAUGCCAGAUCAAGAAGGACGAUGCUGGACCGGCGUAAUCAGCGGCACUUCUUUCGGAUUCCAUGCGUUCCUUGAUGUUUUUCUGGUCCAGAACCCAGCCGCGUACAAGCAAAAGGCUUUUAGACCGUUGCUAAUCGGAGAAGGAGUGGAUAAUCGGGUAAAUACUCAAAUGGGACACAUUGGCAUGGUAAUUACUCGGAUAGGACUGGAUUGGCAACAUUGGCUAGCAUUUCGCAAAUAG